GUCCCUCCACACGUCACCCAAACUCACGCCUCACAGCAACCGCAGAUUCUGCACCGCUGCACCACAUCGUGUGAGUAUCUCCCAUUCGCUGCCCGCCUGUUCCCUUGCCCGCGGCCUUAUCCCGGUGAUGCAAUUGCUCCACUCCCCUCCUUCGUCGUCUUGGCCGAAGCUGAAGGGACACAAAAGCGAGCAACUCCCCCCUUUCCCUCUCUUCCAUCUGCAUCUUGAUACCCUUUCACACAUUGCAUUAACUUCUUGAUCCUUUCUUCAGACCUCUACCAAAAAACCACAUCACCUACAUUCAUCAUGGGUUGCCAAGACGUUCUGUCCCGCAAGACCGGUGUCAUCUACGGCGAUGAUGUCCUGAAGCUCUUCAAGUACUGCCAGGAGCACAAGUUCGCCAUCCCUGCCAUCAACGUUACCAGCUCGUCCACCGUUGUUGCCUCUCUCGAGGCCGCGAGGGACAAGAAGUCCCCCAUCAUCCUCCAGACCUCGCAGGGUGGUGCCGCCUACUUCGCUGGUAAGGGCGUCGACAACAAGGACCAGACCGCCUCCAUCCAGGGUGCCAUCGCCGCUGCCCACUACAUCCGUGCCAUUGCCCCCGCCUAUGGCAUUCCCGUCAUCCUCCACACCGACCACUGCGCCAAGAAGCUGCUGCCCUGGUUGGACGGCAUGCUCGAUGCCGACGAGGCGUGGUUCAAGCAGCACGGCGAGCCUCUCUGGUCUUCCCACAUGAUUGACCUGUCUGAGGAGGAGGUCGAGUACAACGUCGACACCACCGCCAAGUACCUCCAGCGCAUGGCCCCCAUGAAGCAGUGGCUCGAGAUGGAGAUCGGUAUCACCGGUGGUGAGGAGGACGGUGUCAACAACGAGGACGUUGACAACAACUCCCUCUACACCCAGCCCGAGGACAUCCUCAUGAUCUACAAGAGGCUCUCCGCCGUCUCCCCCUACUUCUCCAUUGCCGCUGGCUUCGGCAACGUCCACGGCGUCUACAAGCCCGGCAACGUCAAGCUUCACCCCGAGCUUCUGUCCAAGCACCAGAAGCACGUCCAGGAGGCCAUUGGCACCAAGGACGAGAAGCCCGUUGCCCUCGUCUUCCACGGUGGCUCCGGCUCCUCCAAGAAGGAGUACCAGGACGCCAUCUCCUACGGUGUCGUUAAGGUUAACCUUGACACCGACCUUCAGUUCGCCUACCUCACUGGUAUCCGUGACUUCGUCCUCAAGAACAAGGACUACGUCAUGACCCAGGUCGGCAACCCUGAGGGCGCUGACAAGCCCAACAAGAAGAAGUACGACCCGCGUGUCUGGGUGCGUGAGGGCGAGUUGACCAUGUCUGCUCGUCUCCACGAGGCCCUUGCCGACUUCAACACCGCCGGCCAGCUGUAAGCGUCCUUUGACAGGACUUAUACCACGGUUGGGAGUUGGUGAGAAGUUGUUUGAUGAAGUUUUAUAGCCACCAGUUGGGGUUAGUUGAUGUAUAAAUGAAUCCAUGACCACCAAAAAAAAAAAAAAAAACGUUUAUUC